GGCCGGCGGAACGCGCCGCGUCACAAUGGAGCCGGUCGGAGGCGGCGAGCCCGGCAGCGCUGGGGCUUCCCGCUGAGCCCGCAGCAGCCGUCAGCCGAGAAAGUGCCGGCGCGGAGCCGCCGCCGGCGCGCCCCGAGCGGCGCGGGGCGCACGCGGCGGGGAGCGCGGGCGCCCGGGGCCGGGGUCGCGCAGGAAUUUUUCAAAUAGAAACUAAUUGCAGAGUUUCCAGUUGACCAGCAUUCAUCGGAGCUACAGUCUAAUCUCCAUGGUUUCUUCCUGGGUUAGCUAGCCCAUAUGAUUCUGCUCUUGUGAAAGAAUGAAGACAAACACAGAGAUGGUGUGUCUAAGAAAUUUCAAAAGGUGUCGGCCUCCUGAUUGAAGCACAGUCAACUUAUUGGACUCAUCUUUUUCAUCCAUUCCUGGACUCCUACAAGGGAAAGUCAUGAUUACACUAACAGAGCUGAAAUGUUUAGCAGAUGCCCAGUCAUCCUAUCACAUCUUAAAACCAUGGUGGGACGUCUUCUGGUAUUACAUCACCCUGAUCAUGCUGCUGGUGGCCGUGCUGGCCGGAGCUCUCCAGCUCACACAGAGCAGGGUUCUGUGCUGUCUUCCAUGUAAGGUGGAAUUUGACAAUCACUGUGCCGUGCCUUGGGACCUCCUGAAAGCCAGCGCCAACACGUCCUCCUCUGAUCCCGGGACCCCGCUUCCACUCCCCCUCAGAAUCCAGAAUGACCUCCACCGACAGCAGUACUCCUACAUCGAUGCCGUCUGUUACGAGAAGCAGCUACACUGGUUCGCCAAGUUCUUCCCCUACCUGGUGCUCCUGCACACACUCAUCUUUGCAGCCUGCAGCAACUUCUGGCUUCACUACCCCAGUACCAGUUCCAGGCUCGAGCAUUUCGUGGCCAUCCUCCACAAGUGCUUCGAUUCUCCGUGGACCACCCGUGCCCUGUCCGAAACGGUGGCCGAGCAGUCUGUGAGGCCCCUGACCCUCUCCAAGUCCAAGGUCCUGCUUUCGUCCUCAGGGUGUUCAGCCGACGUUGAUUCCAGCAAGCAGUCAUUGCCCUACCCACAGCCUGGCUUGGAGUCAGCCGGCAUCGAAAGCCCCACUUCCAGCGUCCUGGACAAGAAGGAGGGCGAACAGGCCAAAGCCAUCUUUGAAAAAGUGAAAAGGUUCCGCAUGCAUGUGGAGCAGAAGGACAUCAUUUACAGAGUGUAUCUGAAGCAGAUCAUUGUGAAGGUCAUUCUGUUUGUCCUCAUCAUAACCUACGUUCCGUAUUUUCUAACCUACAUUACACUUGAAAUUGACUGUUCGGUCGAUGUGCAAGCUUUCACGGGCUACAAGCGCUACCAGUGUGUCUACUCCUUGGCAGAAAUAUUUAAGGUCUUGGCUUCAUUUUAUGUGAUUUUAGUUAUACUUUAUGGUCUCACCUCCUCCUACAGCUUAUGGUGGAUGCUGAGGAGUUCUCUGAAGCAAUAUUCCUUCGAGGCGUUGAGAGAAAAGAGCAACUACAGCGAUAUCCCUGAUGUCAAGAAUGACUUCGCCUUCAUCCUCCAUCUGGCCGAUCAAUAUGAUCCCCUCUAUUCCAAACGCUUCUCCAUAUUCCUGUCGGAGGUCAGUGAGAACAAACUGAAACAGAUCAACCUCAAUAACGAAUGGACGGUUGAGAAACUAAAGAGUAAGCUUGUGAAAAACUCCCAGGACAAGGUAGAACUGCAUCUUUUUAUGCUAAAUGGUCUUCCAGACAAUGUGUUUGAGCUGACAGAAAUCGAAGUGCUCAGCCUGGAGCUCAUCCCCGAAGUCAAGCUGCCCUCCGCCAUCUCACAGCUGGUCAACCUCAAGGAGCUUCAUGUGUACCAUUCGUCCCUCCUGGUGGACCACCCGGCGUUGGGCUUCCUGGAGGAGAACUUAAAAAUCCUCCGCCUGAAAUUUACCGAAAUGGGGAAGAUCCCACGCUGGGUAUUUCACCUGAAGAAUCUUAAGGAACUUUAUCUGUCGGGCUGUGUUCUUCCUGAGCAGUUGAGUACCAUGCAGCUGGAAGGCUUUCAAGACUUAAAAAACCUGAGGACCCUCUACUUGAAGAGCAGCCUGUCCCGGAUCCCACAAGUCAUUACAGACCUCCUGCCUUCACUGCAGAAGUUGUCCCUCGAUAAUGAGGGAAGCAAACUGGUGGUGUUGAACAACUUGAAAAAGAUGGUCAAUCUGAAAAGCCUGGAGCUGAUCAGCUGUGACCUGGAACGCAUCCCACACUCCAUUUUCAGCCUGAACAACCUGCAUGAGUUAGAUCUAAAAGAAAAUAACCUUAAAACGGUGGAAGAGAUCAUUAGCUUUCAGCAUCUCCAGAAUCUUUCCUGCCUAAAGUUGUGGCACAAUAACAUUGCUUAUAUCCCUGCCCAGAUCGGGGCGCUAUCUAAUCUAGAGCAGCUCUCUUUGAACCACAAUAAUAUCGAGAAUCUGCCCCUGCAGCUUUUCCUAUGCACCAAACUACAUUAUUUAGAUCUAAGCUAUAACCACCUGACCUUCAUUCCAGAAGAAAUCCAGUAUCUGAGUAAUUUGCAGUACUUUGCUGUGACCAACAACAAUGUUGAGAUGCUACCAGAUGGGCUGUUUCAGUGCAAAAAGCUACAGUGUUUACUUUUGGGGAAAAAUAGCCUGAUGAGUUUGUCCCCUCACGUGGGUGAGCUGUCGAACCUGACUCAUCUGGAGCUCAUUGGUAAUUACCUGGAAACACUUCCUCCUGAACUGGAAGGAUGUCAGUCCCUAAAACGGAGCUGUCUGAUUGUAGAGGAGAAUUUGCUCAACACGCUUCCUCUCCCCGUAACAGAACGUUUGCAGACGUGCUUAGAUAAAUGCUGACCUAAAGAGAAAAUAAUGUUUAAAAAUUUGCCCCAGGGCUUUAAAUGAGAACUAAGAUUUUCUAAGUUAUAAAGAUGAAAAAUGGGUAAUAAUUACGACUAACUAUAACCAAAUAUCUUUAAAGCAACUCAGUGUCUAACUCUAAAUUAAACAGGUAAAAAGUGUUAACACUGAACUUAAGUCUUGUGAAUAACUGAUCUUUAACUUAAUAAGAUGUGAGAAGUACACUUCGAGGGUGACAUGGGGGACAUGAAAUUGUUGAAUCUCUACGUUACAGUUUUUACCUUGAAGAUUAGAUACUCUUUCAUCUCCUUCCCCUAGUCCUCAUUACUUACUUAUUUGCACAAUUGUUUUAACGGACUUCCUGCUUUGAUAUUUAUCACCUAGACCAUAAAUUCAUCAAUAUAGAUGUCCUUGAUGUAUACUCAA